AUGAACGCGCAGCUGGACGGCCUGUCGGUGAGCUCGUCCUCCACCGGCUCGCUGGUCUUGGCGGCCGGGCCGGGCGGCGGCGGCGGGGGCUCGGGGCUGCGGCUGCUGUCGGCCAACGUGCGCCAACUGCACCAGGCGCUGACCGCGCUGUUGAGCGAGGCGGAGCGGGAGCAGUUCACCCACUGCUUGAACGCCUACCACGCGCGCCGCAACGUCUUUGACCUGGUGCGCACCCUGCGCGUCCUGCUGGACAGCCCGGUCAAGCGGCGCCUGCUGCCCAUGCUGCGCCUGGUCAUCCCACGCUCCGACCAGCUGCUGUUCGACCAGUACACGGCGGAGGGUCUCUACCUGCCCACUACCUCCUCCUACAGGCAGCCCUCCUGGGGCGGCCCCGACGGCGCGGGGCCCGGGGAGGUACGCCUGGUGAGUCUGCGGCGUGCCAAGGCCCACGAGGGCUUGGGCUUCAGCAUCCGCGGGGGCUCGGAGCACGGCGUGGGAAUCUAUGUGUCGCUGGUGGAACCGGGUUCUCUGGCCGAGAAAGAAGGGCUGCGGGUCGGGGACCAGAUUCUGCGUGUCAACGACAAGUCUCUGUCCCGGGUGACCCACGCCGAGGCCGUCAAGGCUCUGAAGGGCUCCAAGAAGCUGGUGCUGUCCGUGUACUCAGCAGGGCGCAUCCCAGGGGGCUACGUCACCAACCACAUCUAUACCUGGGUGGACCCACAGGGCCGAAGCACGUCCCCACCCUCAAGCCUGCCCCAGCCCCACGGCAGCUCCCUGAGGCAACGUGAGGGGGACCGGAGGAGUGUCCUGCACCUCCUGCAGGACGGGGAUGAGAAGAAGGUGAACCUGGUGCUGGGGGAGGGCCGCUCCCUGGGCCUCACCAUCCGAGGGGGUGCUGAGUACGGCCUGGGCAUCUACAUCACUGGUGUGGACCCAGGCUCAGAAGCAGAAAGCAGCGGGCUCAAGGUUGGGGACCAGAUUCUGGAGGUGAAUGGGCGGAGCUUCCUGAACAUCCUGCAUGAUGAGGCGGUCAAGCUGCUCAAGAUGUCCCCGCACCUCAUCCUGACGGUGAAGGACGUCGGGAGGCUGCCCCACGCCCACACCACCGUGGACGAGACCAAAUGGAUCGCCAGUUCCCGGAUUGGGGAGCCCACCUCCAACGCCACAGGGUUUCCUGGGGACCUCGCAACAGAAGGGAUGAACAAGCCAGGAUUCUACAAGGGGCCGGCCGGCUCCCAGGUGACCCUGAGCAGCCUGGGGAACCAGACGCAUGUGCUGCUGGAGGAGCAGGCGAGGCACCUGCUGACGGAGCAGGAGCGGGCCACGAUGGCCUACUACCUGGACGAGUACCGCGGGGGCAGCAUCUCUGUGGAGGCGCUGGUCAUGGCCCUGUUUGAGCUGCUCAACACCCAUGCCAAGUUCUCGCUCCUCUCAGAGGUGAGAGGCACCAUCUCCCCUCAAGACCUGGACCGCUUCGACCACCUGGUGCUGAGGCGGGAGAUUGAGUCAAUGAAGGCGCGGCAGGCCCCAGGCCCGGCAGUCGGCGACACCUACUCCAUGGUCUCCUACAGUGACACGGCCUCCACGGGCAGCCGCGGCACCUCCACCACCGUCAGCUCAGCCAGGGAGCGGCUGCUGUGGCUUAUAGACCUGAUGGAGAACACGCUGGACCUGGAGGAGACUGGCGAGGCUGCCCAGGGCAGUGUCAACCCCCUCCCGGAUGUCUCCCUGGAUGAUGUCAAGUCCACCUCCAAGGGGCUGCUGACCUCCAAGCCACCACCUCCCUCGCCACCCCUGGCCCAAAGCCAUGACCACUCGCUCGCCCAGCCAAGGAAGCCAGGGAGAGAGGACCUCCAGCCGCCCCCCUCCGAGCCAUCCCACUUGGGCAUCAUCUUCUCCGCUCCGAGGAACCGGAGCCCACCAGCAGGCACCGUGCCCUCCCCGGGGGCUUCCUCCACACAGGACGCACCCUCCUCCCCCAUCUAUGCCUCCGUCUCCCCUGCCAACCCCGGCGCCAAGAGGCCACUGGACACCCACCUGGCUUUGGUCAACCAGCACCCCAUCGGUCCCUUCCCCCGGGUCCAGUCGCCCCCGCACCCGAAAAGCCCUCCUGUAGAGGCCACAGCUCCUGGGGGCUGCCUUCCGCCGCCCUUGCCCUCCGGCCCCCCAGAGCAAACGGGCACACACCAGCACUUUGUCAUGGUGGAGGUGCACCGCCCGGACAGCGAGCCGGACGUGAAUGAAGUCAGAGCCCUGCCUCAGGCCAGAGCAGCCUCUACGCUCUCGCAGCUGUCUGACAGUGGGCAGACCCUGAGCGAAGACAGUGGUGUGGAUGCUGGUGAGACGGAGGCCAGGGCGCCCGGUGGAGCCAGGCAGAUGGCAUCCACCAAGAGCAGGGGCAGCAAGGAGCCACCUGGGAACGAGAGGACCGCAGAGGGGGCUGCCAAGCCGCCUGGCCUCCUUGAUCCUACAUCCACCCUGGUCCGUGUGAAGAAGAGUGCGGCCACCCUGGGCAUCGCCAUCGAGGGCGGCGCUAACACCCGCCAGCCCCUGCCAAGGAUCGUCACGAUUCAGCGAGGCGGCUCGGCUCACAACUGUGGGCAGCUCAAGGUGGGCCACGUGAUCCUGGAGGUGAACGGGCUGACGCUUCGUGGCAAGGAGCACCGGGAGGCUGCCCGCAUCAUUGCCGAGGCCUUCAAGACCAAGGAGCGAGACUCCAUCGACUUCCUGGUCACCGAGUUCAACGUGAUGCUCUAGGCCCCGGGGCCCCACGCCACUCCACCACUGCCUGGCCCCCGGCCCCGGCCCCUCUUCCCUCCCACACUCAGAGGGCCCAGGGCUGCGUGGCCUGAGUGGCAGGAAGACAUUGUCCAUCUCAAGGCCCAUUGGACCCGAGCUGGGCAGCAGAGGUCUGGCCAGGCCCUGGUGUGUGCCGGUGCAGUAGGCACUCCGUACCCAUGUGGACUAUGA